UAGAUUUUAGUUUCAAUGUAAUAUUUGCUUGGAACACAAAAGAUUAAGACAUUCUCUGUUUCGUGAUAGUGGAUGUUGUUGGAAUUCAGUCAAGUAUUCCUUCCGUUACUGAAUAUCAGAAAGCUCUUCACACCUCGAAUGCGUUGUCACCUGAGGGAAGAAGCUCUGAGGCCACUCAGCAGGCACACAUCCACUGCAGCUGGUCACAAGACAGGUGGGGAAGAGCUCCACACUCAUUUUUGAUGUCUUCUCCAGAGCAGAGGGAGUAAAACAAGGGGACAAGGAGCAAACAGCAUUUUACCAGUUAAAAGCAGCAGGAAAGAAGACGGUGGUGUUUGGCGCUUUCCGUUUGCUUGGGCUUUCUGCAAGGAAGAGGAAGAGAAGGGUGUCUUCACAGAGAGAGCAUUAAUGGCGACGAAGGGGAGCGUGAGAGAUCUGAGAAGGGAGGAGCUCAGGGGAAAGAGGGUGUUUUUGAGGGUCGAUCUCAAUGUGCCCCUGGGCGAGAACCAUAGGAUCACCGAUGACACGAGGAUUAGGGCCUCCAUCCCCACCAUCAAGUAUCUCAUGGAUGGUGGUGCCAAAGUCAUCCUCGCCAGCCACCUGGGACGUCCAAAGGGUGUUACACCCAAGUACAGUUUGAGCCCUCUUGUUCCAAGGCUAUCUGAACUUCUUGGUAUCAAUGUCGAGAAAGCCGACGACUGCAUCGGCGAUGAGGUCGCAAAGAAGGUGCUGUCCCUCCCUGAUGGAGGCGUUCUGCUUCUUGAAAACGUGAGGUUCUACCAGGAAGAGGAGAAGAACGACCCUGGUUUUGCCAAGAAGCUGGCUUCACUUGCAGACCUUUAUGUAAAUGACGCGUUUGGUACAGCACACAGAGCACAUGCUUCUACUGAAGGGGUCGCCAAGCUUCUGAAACCUGCUGUUGCAGGAUUUCUCAUGCAGAAGGAAUUGGACUAUCUCGUUGGUGCUGUUUCAAAUCCAAGGAGGCCGUUUGCUGCUGUAGUUGGUGGAUCGAAGGUGUCGACCAAAAUAGGAGUAAUCGAGUCUUUGCUUGAGAAGGUCGAUAUCCUCAUCCUUGGUGGAGGAAUGAUCUUCACCUUCUUCAAGGCUCAGGGUUACUCUGUGGGUUCUUCUCUUGUGGAGGAAGACAAACUCAAUCUUGCAACAUCACUCAUUGAGAAAGCGACGGCGAAAGGCGUGGCCCUUCUGCUGCCUACUGAUGUCAUUGUGGCUGACAAAUUUGCUCCUGAUGCAGAGAGCAAGGUUGUUCCAGCUAAAGCAAUACCUGAGGGUUGGAUGGGGCUUGAUAUUGGGCCAGAUUCAACCCAGGCAUUCUGCGACGCAUUGGAGUCUGCCAAGACUGUGAUAUGGAAUGGUCCCAUGGGAGUCUUUGAAUUCGAGAAAUUUGCCGUUGGUACACAGGCCAUUGCCAAGAAGCUUGGGGAGCUUACGGGGAAUGGUGUGACGACGAUCAUCGGUGGCGGAGACACGGUUGCUGCGGUGGAGAAGGCAGGCCUCGGAGAGAAGAUGAGUCACAUCUCCACGGGAGGGGGCGCGAGCCUGGAGUUGUUGGAAGGCAAAAUGCUUCCGGGGGUUCUUGCCCUCGAUGAUGCAGCUCCUGCAACUCACUGAGCCGCGAACGUUAUAAAAUGCGCUAUCGUGUGUGACGAACAAUGCUUGUCCGUUUUCCAGCCGGUGGCUUUAUAGCUUCAGCUUACGUUUGGUUACUGUUCUCCAAGUGCACCUGUUCCUUUUCUUUCUGUAAAUACAAAAUAAUAAAAUCCUCGUCCAAUUCCUUUUCUUUAUGUAAAUACAACUCGGAAAUACAACUCGAUAAUAUACUCAGUUUUCUUUCUUGGCAAUUUUUCGAAACCAACCUUUAACCCUGUUUUAAGAUAAAGGCAUUUGUUUGGCCACCGUGUCAUGUUUCAGAUUUUUUGACAGCAUACAUAUGUUAUUGAACACUUUUUAUCCUCAAUUGGAGUUUGAUCGAGUGGA